AUAUCUCCAACAUCUCCUCCAAAACAUUCUUUUCCUUGUGAUUCAUUAUUUUGCCUAGUUUUACUUUUCAAAUAGACUUCUAACAAAAGUUAUGACUGAAAACCAAUUAUAUAGCUUUAUAACCAUGAAGAGUUCAUUGUCUAAAUGCAAACAGUCUUCUUCUUUGUCUUUCCCUUUGUUUGGUCUGAUCAACUUCUUCCUCAUCGGUUUUUUCAGAUGGGUUUCUUUUGCUCAGUUAUUUUUCUCUAGGUUCUGGCCUCUUGUUCAACACCAGCAAUGUGUUUCCGAGAAGAAGAGCAAAGAUCUUGAGUUCCAAACUUCGAUCAAACACGAAGAAUAUCGUGAUGAUGAUGAUGAUGGUCUUUGCAGAGAAGAUGUAGGGAUGGUUAUGAAAAGCUUAGGGCUUUCCACUGACCAAGAAAACGAGGGACUUCAAAAACAGUACAGUUCCAAGGAGGUUUCGAAUCUGUUCGAAGAGAAAGAGCCAAGCUUAGAGGAAGUGAAGCAAGCUUUUGAUGUCUUUGAUGAAAACAGAGAUGGGUUUAUCGAUCCUAUAGAUUUGCAGAGAGUUUUGACAAUCCUUGGCUUAAAGCAAGGAUCUAACCUUGAGAACUGCAGGAGAAUGAUCAGAUCAUUCGAUGGAAGUAAAGACGGAAGAAUCGAUUUCUAUGGAUUUGUGAAAUUCAUGGAGAACAACUUCUGCUGAAAUCGUAUUUCCUUAAAGUAUCAAUUUCUGCACUUCUUUUCUUCUUGCUUUGAGAUUGUGUCUGUUAAUACUGUUGUCUCCGCACCUUGUAUAAACUACCAAACUUUCAUAUCAAAAGCUCUGCUAUAGAGCGUAAAAACCAAUGAGUUUGGAAAUAAUUGUCACAGACAUGAAUAAUCUGCC